AUGGCGUCUUGGAAUUCAGUUUCAUUACAAGUAAGUUACGAAUUUCUGGGCUGGUUCGCUUUUAUUGCAUGGUCCAUCAGUUUCUACCCUCAAGUCAUCUUAAAUUUUCGAAGAAAAAGCGUCGUUGGACUCAACUUUGAUUUCGUUCUCCUAAACCUAACCAAACAUAGUUCCUAUCUCAUAUACAAUGCUUCUCUAUACUUUAGCUCCGCUAUUCAGAAACAAUACUUCCAGAAAUAUGGUUAUGAUCAGAUGAUACCGGUGGCGCCAAAUGAUGUUGCUUUUUCAGUCCAUGCUGUUGUGCUGACGGCCAUUGCGUUGUUCCAGAUUGCAAUCUAUGAACGUGGAAGCCAGAAAUUGUCGAGAGUUUCCAUCGGAAUUGUCUCCGUUGUUUGGCUGACCGCUGCUGUUUGUUUCUUUGUUGCUUUGUCUGAUCAUUCAUGGCUCUGGCUUCUCAACGUUUUCAACUCAAUUCAAGUGCUUAUGACUACUAUAAAGUACAUUCCUCAGGUAAGCAUGAACUUCCUAAGGAAAAGUACAGAUGGAUUCAGCAUUGGAAACAUUCUACUUGAUUUUUCUGGAGGAAUAGCAAACUACGGACAGAUGGUUGUGCAAUCAAUAGAUCAAGAUUCGUGGGUCAACUUCUAUGGCAAUAUAGGAAAAGUGUUGCUCUCUCUGGUAUCUGUAUUCUUUGACAUUAUUUUCAUCAUUCAACAUUAUGUCCUGUAUGCUGCUAAAAAACCCUCCAAAUCGGUGACCACCGGCGACAAUGAAGAUCAAAUUAGAGAGCACCUUGUAAGGCCUUCUGAUGAGUCUCCACCAGAGAAUGUGUGA